UACACUAACCCCUUUAUAAAUUACUCCCUAGUCCCUAACAUAUUGCAAAUUGGUAUUCCACCUUUGACUUUGGAGAAAGCCAAUUUACAAAAUUAUAAACCAACCCCCGCCGCUCUUGCCACGUGUAAGUUAACCAUUGGUUCCCCAAAAUCAAUUCUAAUUGGGUACCGCACUAUUGGAAAUGCCAAUUAACGUUCAUAUACCAGACAUUUUCUCACUUUCACCCACUCUCUUCUACACACACACAUAUAUAUAUAUAUAUAUAUCAUCGCUGAUUCAAUUUCACAUAAUUUUGAAAUGGACACCUCGAAUCCGGCAGAGUCAACUGCGGUUGAAUCGCCGUACACGGCGCUGCUCACGGCGGCGUCACUGAUACCAAUUCCUCACUAUUUAUUGGGGAUUUCGUUGAUCGGCGCUGUAAUUCUGUACAAUUUCCUCGAGAUUCAUUUCUUUCAGGACUUAUUCAGCGGAUUCAGGGGACAACCGGUGGUUCUGACUUUCGAUCCUCACUCUCAACUCUACCACGACGUCGUUUCCAAGUGUAGAACACUCCACGGCAGGUACUUGUCGACUCCAUGGUUAUCGAGUCCGCAUCUCCAGACUCUCUUUCUGCAUUUUUUCGGAAAUUCGCCAGUUGUCGAUUAUAGAAGACAGAUUUUUAUGACCUCUGAUGGUGGAACCUUAGCUUUAGAUUGGGUCGAAAAUGCCGAAGUUAAGAAACAAGUGUUUCAAGCGAAUGAUGCACUGCAACGAGAUGACAAGAAUCCCAUCAUAAUCAUCAUUCCUGGCUUAACAAGUGAAUCUAAUACUCCUGUAAGUUAUCUAGAUCAUUUGACCAUCAUUUUCUAUUGUGUUAGUAUGUUUCCAGUCACAAAACAAUGGUACUCAUAUCCUUCAUGGUGUAAUGUAUGAACUAGACUGUAACUCGUCCUUCUGGAUUAGAAACAGAUAAAAUUUCAAAUGUUGGUUUUUCGUUGCUUUCGCCUAUUGCCUCUCUUCCCAGGAGCAGUCAUGUAGCUAGAUGUGCUUUUUUCUUUUUUCGAUGAGAUUUUUUUCUUAAAUUUUUUGCGUGCAUUAAUUCGAAGACAAGUGAAAUGCUACAACAAUCUUGGUUUCAUUGUAGUCAAUGAGAAGUUCUACUCAAACGUGCGAGUAUUUUUUAACAACGUUUAUACUCUAAGCAGAAAACACUACGAUAUUCAUCAUGAUAUUCACUAGCUUUAGAAUCUAAUUGAUAGUGGAGAUGGUUUGCCGAUUGUUAUCAGUUAUGCUCGACUGCAUUUCUUUUGGGAAACUAUGUAUCUGUUUAGUCUUAGAA